AUGAGCAGCAAUAGUGACGACCAGCUUUUGCUCGGACUUCCAACGGACAAUCUCGCUGACGCGCCGAACACUGCGGAUUUGCAUGGUGGGGGAGAGAUGGAAGGGGAGGAGGAUGCGUAUCUGGACCUGGGGCCGACCAGCGAAAGGGAGAGCAAUGAUGACGAAGUGGGUGACGGUGGCGAUGAUGAGGGUGCUGAGGGCGAAAACCAGUCGGGUGGAGCAGGAGGUGGGGAGAACGACAGCAGUGUUGCGCAGCUUUCAGACAAGGCGCUGAGGCGUAUUAAAAGCAAGACGGAGGCGAGGGCGCUGGGGCGGGAUUUGUACAAGCGGUGGAAAAAACUAAGAAGGCGGAGCAAUAAGGAGGAAAGACAAAGACAUCGACACCAUAGCAAGACGAAAAGGAAGAGCAGGCGAGAGGAAAAGAAAAGUAAGGAUAAAAAGAGGGAUAGGAAGAGGCGUCGUCGAGUCGAUGAUGAUGAUGAUGAUGAUGAUGAUGAUAGGGACAGCGAACACCAUGGUGGCGAGAGAAAUGACGACUCGACUGAGGACAGGUAUGAUCGUGUUCACAAAAAGGGUAGAAGAGCAGCUGCUACCAAAAAGAAACGGAAACGCUCCCGUGGCGAAAACCCUAUUGCCCUUGGGGACGAGGAUUUGGGUGCGGCACCUUUUGCUGACCUUGAUGAGGUGCUUCAAGUGGAGGAGGCGGCAGCAAAAAAUUCCGGCGGACAAGGGGUCAAGGGCGUCCACACGGAACCGAAGGUGAAGAAGCUCACGGCGGAUGCACAGCGUGAUGUCCUUCGAAAAAUUGCUGCUGGCGUUGUAAAUACCAUGCGUGAGGCACGACUGAAAGAUGAGGUGGAAAUGAAUGAGCGCCGUCCUCCGCUGCAUCGAGUGGCCAUCCGUGAAAGUGUCAUCUCACAGUGCCGUCGCGAGGCGCUGCGCUCGUUUCUCAUUGAGGAAGGCAUCCUGCAGGAGCUCAGUACGUGGCUGUACGACUUCACUCGUAACGAGUUGGCGGCUUUUGAAUUGCGUUCUGACGCACUAGAUAUUCUUUUGAGUUUCCCAAUCGACGGCGAGCUGGAAGUUGGAGUGACACGCAACGGUGAUGAAAUUUUGGACGCCUUCACUGGAAUGACGCGUGAACACCUCAUUCACACGGACCUUGGCAGUGCUGUUAAUGCCCUGCGGCAGUCAAAGCAGGAGGUGCACCAAAACCGUGCCAAGGCCGUACGACUACUCGAAAGGUUAAGCCGAGCGAUGGCAGGUGGUGUCCGAAGUGGACGCCGCGGUGGUUCUGACGGCGUCCGUGGAUCACAAGCCGGAGAAGUUGGCCUCUCCAGUACUGUGACUUGGAAGUGUAAGGAGGACCCGACAGUGGCACCACCUUUCCACACGGUGCAGACGGGAACGGAAGCUUUUCAAAGUGCGCUUGCAAGACCUGACCCGCUUGAUCCCUUCUCGUACUUGCGGCUGCCACCGCGACGGGCACCAAAAGUACAUGUGACCAACUUGGGAGGGAAUGUUGGUGUAGGAGGAUAA